GAUAGUAGUACACUGUUCACUCUGCUGUACGGUGUACGCUUUAUCUCCGCGCUUUGUCUAUACGCGGGCACACGACUAUCGGCGUGACGCGACGUAAAACAACACGAUAAUAAUUGUAACCGUUCGGAGUUAUUACGUUCUCGUUCGCAUUUCCGGUGAAACGGAAAGUUUUGGUCGUUUGAUCGGUUGAUCGAACGAAUCCGUAGUUGCCGCCGCCUCGCGACGAAACAAUAAUAUUGUUGGUCGCCGCCACCGACGCCGCUGUGCAUAAGCACCCGCAAUCCGUCGGCCAUUACUCCACAAGUGACCCCGGAGUGACGAAGACUUACAGCGUGCGGCAGUUGUGACUUGUAGGUUUUGCUCAGUCCGUCGGACGCUACCGCGUGCCAGUCGGUCGAUCAGUCAGUCACACAAUAUUCUUCAUCCGCGAGACGUUGACCACUGUCCACAACCUGUGGCCGAGCAACAGGUUUCAGGGAGUCUUGCACAGCGAGCCGGUGCUGUGAAGGUCCACUGAUGGCGUCUAGUAACAGUGGUGUUGCGCACGACACCGGAGAAGCGAUGGAUGUUCACCCGCAGCACGAAGAGAAACCGACAUCGUCGUCAAUGUCCAUCAGCACCGCAGAGCAAAUGGAAAUGGACGACAUAACAAUUGAUUCAGAUGUCGAUGAAAGAACUAAAAAUACACCAACAGCUUCGGACAGUUUUCCUAAGUAUGUGGAUUGUUAUGAAACAUUAAAGGAAGUGGCUUUUUUUAAAUGGAUAACUGGUUUUCGGUCGGAAUGUCGUAAGAUUUUAUGUAUUGAUAAGACAGAACUUUUUUUUGGAUUAUUCUAUUUGUUUUAUAAGAUUAUUAUGCCACAAGAAGUUAUUGGAUGCAGAAAUAAAAUUAAUAAAUCAUCUCUUGUGAAAUCUUAUCUAGAACAAUCUAUGUUGUUUUUUCAAGGAUUCUAUAAAACCAUAAAAAAAGUAAACAAACAAAUAUUUUCACUAAUAAAAAUAAAUUUAUCAUUUUUAAAAUUUAAAAUUAUGUAAGCAGGACCAUUCAAU